AAAUCAAGCGGCGGAUCCCUCCGCCGGCGGGCGGCGCGGCGUGGCCUUCCGCGCGGGGGAAGAGUCCCGCAGUCGGAGGCGGCCGGCGGGGCGUGCGCUCGCUCGGCGCGGCCAGGGCGCCCGGCGCACCAUGGGGGCCCCGCUGGCCGCGGCGCUCGGCGCCCUGCACUACCUGCCACUUUUCCUGCAACUCGGCGGCGCCGCGCGGCCCGCCGGCCACGCGCCCUGGGACGGCCACGGCUCCGGACACGCCCUGUUCACAGAGACGCCCCACGACGUGACGGCGCGCGCGGGCGAGGACGUGGAGAUGGCCUGCUCCUUCCGCGGCAGCGGCUCCCCGGCCUACUCGCUGGAGAUCCAGUGGUGGUACGAGCGCGGCCGCCGGGACUGGACGGACAAGCAGGCGUGGGCCGCCAACCAGCUAAAAGCAUCUCCGCAGGAGGACGCAGGGAAGGAUGCCACCAAGAUAAGCGUGGUCAAGGUGGUGGGCAGCAACAUCUCGCACAAGCUGCGCCUGUCGCGGGUGAAGCCCACGGACGAGGGCACGUACGAGUGCCGCGUCAUCGACUUCAGCGACGGCAAGGCCCGGCACCACAAGGUCAAGGCGUACCUGCGGGUGCAGCCCGGCGAGAACUCGGUCCUGCACCUGCCCGACGUGCCGCCCGCCGCGCCCGCGCCGCCGCCGCCCAAGCCGGGCCGGGAGCUGCGGAAGCGCUCGGCCGACGAGGAGGCCUGCAGCCUCUAGGCCCGGGACCCCGGCGCCGCAUGCGAGCCCCGCACGCCCGCCCCCCGCAACGCGCCGCGGCCGCGGGCUGGACAAGGCGGCGCUGGGCACCCAGGGGACCGAAGGCCAGGGAGGGGGGCGCCGCGCGGGGCGGGCCGCCCCCUCUCCAGCUUCCCUGGAGCCCAGUGUUUGCAUUGCUUGCUUGUCCCCUCUCUCCCCUGACAUCCGGUCCCAAGCCAGGGCCACCCCUCCACCCAACCCCCGCCGUGCUCUGACUCCUCCCGACCCACUCCCACCCGCCCUGGACCCCAGGGUGCGGGCAGGGCCCUCCGCCUGCCUUUGGACUUGGUUCUGAGCAGACCUGGACAGCGGCUGGUGGGCCGCAGAGUCCCCCCACCCCCGCCCCC